UAUCCACGUAGAAACAAUGUCCCAAGACACGUUACAGGUUCCGUUAGAGCCGGGGCUCUGCUCGGAGUACUCUGUGGCCGAGGGGACGCCGCCGGCUGUGACUUGCUGCGGGGCCGAGGAGCUGCAGGAGCCGCUGGUAUUCUCCUCCCCGGGAAACGGUGAGGACGCGGCCGGGUGGCCGGGGACGGGAGCCCGGGCUGGCGAGAGGCUGCUGAUGUUCGCUGUCACUCCUCAGGGUCCCGGGUCAGGAGAGUGGGGGCAGCGGCCGCUUCUGGGACGCCCACUGGUGAAGAGGAAGCUGGACCUGGAGAGCGAUCACCAAUAUCUCCCCCUGGAGAUGGAGACCCCUAAAGGCAAAGGGAAAUCUUCAGGGAGAGGUCUGAAAUCGCCCUGUGAGAAAACUCGCUAUGACGCCUCUCUCAGCCUGAUCACCAAGCGCUUUAUCCACUUGCUGGGCCAGUGUGCGGACGGGGUUCUGGACCUGAACUGGGCGGCCCAGGUGCUGGAGGUGCAGAAACGCCGCAUUUACGAUAUUACCAACGUAUUGGAGGGCAUCAAACUCAUCACCAAGAAAUCCAAGAACCACAUCCAGUGGAUGGGAGGGAAGCAGCCCAGAGCCGGGGAGGCUGACACCCAGGACCCAGUGCUGCUCAGGGAGAUUGCCGAGCUGGACGACACGGAGCGACAGUUGGAGGAGCUGAUCAAGAGCUGCACCUUACAGCUCAAACUGCUGACUGAGGACUCAGAGGGCCAGAGGUUUGCGUACGUGACCUGCCAGGACCUGCGCAGCAUCGAGAACUUCUCGCAGGAGAUGGUGAUGGUCAUCAAGGCUCCGGCCGACACCCGCCUGCAGGUCACUAACCCCAAUGAGGCCCUUCAGAUUUCCUUACAAAGCACCAAAGGGCCUGUUGAAGUCUUCCUCUGCCCUGAGGAGGGCUCGAGCGCUUGCAGCCCUGUGAAGACCACUGUCAGCCCGGUGAAGGUCAGCCCGGUGAAGACCAGCCCGUACAGAGUGACCGUUCAGGAACUGUUCACCAAUACCUUCCAGGGCCCCAACCUCUCAACAGCGAGUAACGAGCCAGAGGCGUUGCUGUUGCCCUCGACGUCCGUCACUCUCUCGCCCCUGACCGCGGCAGCCGCUCUGCACCAGGACGAGGACCUGCCGGGGGCCGGGCCCUUCGGGGGGGCGUUUGUCAGCUUGUCGCCCCCGCUCUUCCAGGACUAUCACUUCGGGCUGGACGAGAGCGAGGGCAUCAGUGAGCUUUUCGAUGCGCUCCCGCCUCUGGACUUUUAAUCUUUCCUGCUUUCCUCAAAGCCACUUUCUCCGACCCUCCCCUCCCCCCGCCU